CCUCCUCCUAGUGGCGAACAGCGGCCGGCGGGGUUCCCAGGGGCACACACAGGCCUCACAGGAAGCCAAGAAGGAAUGCCACCCGCGGCGAGGGGCCAUGAGGAUGCAGUCCGCCAUGCAAUCACAGCGGCUGAAACCGCAGUGAACGAAUUGCAUCUCGUGUAAAAACGCGAAGGCCGACGACUUGCACAGGCCACGGCUUCCGGCUUCUCCAGAGCACCACGCCGAAGCCCCUGAAGCGCGCGGUUACGAAAGACGUGCUGUCUCUAGGGGAUUGCACAACAGAAGUGGUGGAAACGGCUGGGAUGGAAUGUUUGGUUGCCCCGCACCGGCGGCACAGCUAUAUCGGUUGCUGUCACAGAAGCUCGAGGAUGGCGCCAUCAAAGCUGAGGGCGCCUGGCGGCAAGGUGCCGAUCUUGACUGUCUGUGCCCCGCACAACGGCCGGCCGCACCCGGCGCGAUCCAACUUCUGUGCCGAGCUGCCCAGUUUCAUCGGGAACGGUGCAAAGCUGGCACUCAGGGAGCUCAGCGCGAGGCUUCACGCCCGGCAGCUAGGGGAGAACAGCAGCCCGGGCGAGCACCAAUGUUCGGGAGCCCGGCGGCGCAGCACAGCACCAGCACUGGGACCGGCGCCCUGUUGCUGGAGCUGCGCGCUGCCUCGAAGCCUGCCGCGGGGAACACCUUCUUCACAGCGGCGUCGGAAAGUCUGGUCACUGGCUACAACGCGGGGCCGCACCCACACGACGCGCACAAUUACAAGCGUUUCGGAACUUGCACUUUGAUGUGCAGUCGCUUUGACUGGCCAGUCUGAGCGCAGA